AUGGAGUAUUUAUCAAAGGGGCAACAAAUUCACGUCAUUCAUAAAGAGAGAAAAAUGAAUCGAAAUUCAAGUCAGAACACUACACACACUAAUACCAUUACUACUACUACUACUACUACUACUACUACUACUACUACUACUACUACUACUACUACUACUACUACUACUACUACUACUACUACUACUACUACUACUACUACUACUACUACUACUACUACUACUACUACUACUACUACUACUACUACUACUACUACUACUACUACUACUACUACUACUACUACUACUACUACUACUACUACUACUACUACUACUACUACUACUACUACUACUACUACUACUACUACUACUACUACUACUACUACUACUACUACUACUACUACUACUACUACUACUACUACUACUACUACUACUACUACUACUACUACUACUACUACUACUACUACUACUACUACUACUACUACUACUACUACUACUACUACUACUACUACUACUACUACUACUACUACUACUACUACUACUACUACUACUACUACUACUACUACUACUACUACUACUACUACUACUACUACUACUACUACUACUACUACUACUACUACUACUACUACUACUACUACUACUACUACUACUACUACUUACAGUACUACUCCUAAAACAACUUCACAAUGCUGUCUAAUUACAUUCCGUAUGUUCUUAUGGAUAGGUCGAAAUACUCUAUUUACUCUCUCCACCCUCCAUCUACAAUAA